GGGGGAGAGCGAGCUGUGUCAGCGUGAGUAGAGCGGGAGACACACCUGUUGGGCACCUGCAGGUGAGCUCGGAGUUUGGACACAGGUAGUUUGACAGAAGAAAAGGAUUUUCAUCGCGUGGCGGCGGUAGAUAAAGGUAAAAAGCAAGGACCCUGUCUGAAAAUGGAAUUUUAUGAAAUAAAGUCUUCAGCUGCACUCAUUUAUGAUGAGUUCAUCUCAAAUGCAGACAAGCGGACGGAUACCUGGCUCCUCAUGUCAUCCCCUCUCCCCCAAACCCUCAUCAUCGCAGCGUACAUUUACUUCGUCACGUCGCUGGGCCCUCGGAUAAUGGAGAACCGCAAGGCCUUCGACCUCAGAGGAGUUCUCAUAGUGUACAACUUCAGCGUGGUGGCUCUCUCGCUCUACAUGAUCUAUGAGUUUGUGAUGUCAGGAUGGGGAACCGGAUACUCUUUUCACUGUGACCUAGUCGACUACUCUGAUUCACCCCAGGCUAUGAGGAUGGCGGCAGCGUGCUGGCUGUACUACUUCUCAAAGUUCAUAGAAAUGUUGGACACGAUCUUCUUUGUGCUGAGAAAGAAAAACAGCCAGGUGACAUUUCUUCAUGUCUACCAUCACUCGAUCAUGCCCUUCACCUGGUGGUUCGGAGUUCGGUUUUCUGCAGGUGGGAUGGGAACAUUUCACGCCCUGCUGAAUUGCGUCGUCCAUGUCAUCAUGUACUCAUACUAUGGCCUGACUGCUUUGGGCCCCAACUACCAGAAGUACCUGUGGUGGAAGAAAUACCUGACAACCAUUCAGCUGAUCCAGUUUGUUUUGGUAACAAGCCACAUCUCCCAGUAUUUCUUCAUGGACUGCACCUACCAGUUCCCCAUCUUUAUCUACAUCAUCGGCUUGUACGGCGUGAUUUUCCUGUUCCUCUUCCUCAACUUCUGGUACCACGCCUACACCAAAGGCAAGAGGCUCCCGAAAGUACUGCAGAAUCAGACAUGGGAACAUCACAGCAACGGAGUUAUGAAUGGAAACGCCAGUCAUGAAAAAGACGAGUGACGCAGGACUCGGCUUGUCAGGGGGUUUCGGGGUUGACCUCAGUUAUGUAAGCAAACCACGGCAUUCUGCGGCUGAACCUCCCCCCCAAUUAGUCUGGACUGUGUUUUCUGUUUUUCUACUUGCAACCGCAAAAGACAAUCUUUAAAGUUUGACCAAAGCUUUAUUUAAGAGGUUUAUUGACUCAAGCUGAAGGGUUUUAUCUUUUUAUAUUAUAUAUAUUUUUUGUUUACAAUGAAGGUAAAGCCCAAGUUCUGCUAUGUAAGUUUCCAAAUAUCCCUCCUCUCUGCUACAGUGUAGUUUUUAAUUUCAAGUGUCCGAAAUCAACUCCAUUAUACACGCUGACUGUCGGGCUUCACCCUCAGUUAUACAAUCAAACUGGGCUUCCUGGAAAAAGCCUCUAAUGAUGAGAUCGUUUUUAACUCUUGUGGCUUGAUCUAAUUUCUCAGAAGAGCUUUUCAGGAAAUCCAGUUUCUUUUAAAGUUGUGCACUGAAAAGUUGUUUAUUUCACCAGGCGUAAAAUUACAUUUACCGUUCUGGGUUUAUUUUUUAGAUGGUGUUGAGGCUGCACAUGUCCUGUUUGUUCAGGUCUUUGUUACAUGCACGCAGAACAGGGUGUUUUGAAUACUUAUGCACGCCCACUUCUCUAUGGUUUGAGUCACAACUGCUGCUGAUGGCGGACAUUCAGUGAAAAGAGCGAUCUUUCGCGUCAGUUUAUUCCCCUAUGAAGCGACGAUGUGACAGAGAUGCCAGAGAGGAACGGUGAACGAUCACUGUGGCUCUUGUAGGAUCCAGAAGUUGAGCUAGAGUUUUACUCCUUAUUGCAAAAUAACACUGUAUUACAGGAUACGCGCAAUUACAUGGAUUCACCAGUCAGAAACAUAAGCAGCCUUGCUCGCCUGCUUUUUAGCAUUUUGCCUCAUGUGUCGAAGGGUGGCUAAGGAGGUCUACAGGCAGCUGAUGCAGACAGUGCCUUUGGACUGAGGCCUGUGGAGUAGUUUUAUAUCAGGUUAUGAUGAUCUUAAACUGAAGGGAAUGUAACUCUCUACUCCUGUGGUGACUGAGGACAUAGGAUCGAGCUUGAUGUGGAAAAGUUCCACCUUUUUUUUUCAGGUGCAAGCCCAUGUUAACACUAAAGCUUUACAGAUGCACAAUGCAGAAAAACUGAGGGUGAACUUCUUUUUUUCAAGUUCUUGUCAGAUCCCUUAUUACACCAAAAGUUAAUAUUGUAAGAAAUAAUGUGACAUGUUUAUAUUGUAUUUUAUAUGUAUUUAUAUGAGAAUAAAUGAUCAAUGUACUUUAAAAA